ACUCCUUGCCUGUUUCUUAGUGCCCAGCUGUAUUAACGGAACAGGCUGGAAGGGCAGCAGCAGGUGGAUGUUAACCACUUCCCAGAAGAUGUUGGUGCUGAACUGUUCCACAAAGCUGCAGAGCCUGGAACACAUGUUGAUGAAGUAUUUCCCUGAAUCCCUCAAGGUGUAUGGAGCAGUGCUGAAUAUCAACCGAGGAAACCCUUUCAAGAAGGAAGUGGUGGUGGACUCAUGGCCAGAAUUUAAAGCUGUCAUUACUCGCCGGCAGAGACAGGCUGAAAGUGACGAUCUAGACCCCUUUACCAAUGCUUACGCUGUUUUCUACAAGGAUUUACAAGCAUAUUGGGCAUUGCUGGAGAACCCAGAAACUAUAAACUGGGAGCAAGUAUUCCAGAUACAGGGGUUACAGGAUGGGUUAUUCGAGGUUUCCAAAGCUGUUGCUGGGCCCAAGCUCGUGGACGUGAAGCAGUCGUCUUUCCAAAUGGUGAUCCAUCCGGACCCAGAUGCACUCCCAGAGGUUAAACUUAAGCUAAAUCCUGCACCAAGACUGGCUUCUCUUGACGUGUCCCAUGCCAGCCUGCUGAAUGAAACCUGGUCCCGCGGAGGCAGUGAACAGUGCCGGAAGUACCUGGUCAACCUGAUUUGCUGCUUCCCUAGUGUCUGUGUCCUGGAUGAAAAUGGAAGUCCCGUUUCCUGGGGUCUGACUGACCAAUUUGCUACUAUGAUCCAUGGCUAUACCCUACCUGAACAUCGUAGGAAAGGGUACAGCCGCCUCAUUGCAACAACCCUAGCUAAGAAAUUGCAUAGUAGAGGCUUCCCAGCUCAGGGGAAUGUUCUGGAAGACAAUCUACCAUCAAUAACACUGCUGAAAAGCAUGAACGCUCAGUUCCUGCCCUGCCCCUUUGUGAGACUGACCCAUACCCCAUUCCAGUUUUUAGCUGCCUCUAACUUGUAGCUUUUGUGAUUGUGGGGGCAUUUCCUGACUGUGGAUGGAUGGUCACAUACUGCAGUCAUUUCUGGGUAGAAAUCCCACUCCAAUUUUUAGCCAGAAAAUUAGAAAACAUU